AGAUUAACUUCUACAAGAGAUUGACAUAAUGUAGAAUGCCGCGUUCUGGAAACCGUGAGCUCUGGACCACUCUUCCUCACACUUCGGAGGAGGAAGAAGAGGAGGAUAUCGAACGACAAAAACCAGGGCCCAGGAGUUGGAAGAUGAAGAAGAAGAAGGAAGAAAAGAAGGAGGAUAGUGCUACUGCUGAUGUAGAUGAUCUGCUCCUCAGUGGAUCGGAUGGAGAGGAACCAGUUCAGGAACAAACAGGCGGGGAUAAUCCUGCAGAGGACAAUGGUGAGGACAUUGAGGAGAUAGAGGACGAGAUAUACGAGGACAAUAUUGUACUAGGAAACUCGAAUCUCCAGGAUCAAGAUCUAGAUGAAGAGAAGAACAAUGAACAAGACGAGGAGAAAGAAGAUGAAGAGGGGGAAGAGGGUGAGGAAGAAGAGGGGGAAGAGGGUGAGGAAGAAGAGGGUGAGGAGGGAGAGGAUAAUGUGGGUGAGGAUAAUGAGGUGGGUGAUGAAGAAGAGGGGGAUGAGGAGGAUGAAGGUGAAGAAGAAGAGAGUGAGGGUGAAAAGGAGCACGAAGAAAAUAACGAUAAUGAGGAGGACGAUGAAGAAAAUGAUCAUGAAAAAGAUAAGACAAAGAAAAAACUCCCCUUGAAAGAAAAAGCUAAAAAACAGGAGUCGGAAGAUCAGUUUCUGUUAAAAGAACAAAAUUCGUCCAUUGUUGGUGAAUCAGAGCAAAGAUUGACGGAUUCUCCACGUGGAAAUAAAUCAGAAUGUCGAAUCUGUGGAUCAAUUCUUGCUCAGGGUAGACUGGAGAGUCAUGAAGGUUUGCCCCACCCUGUCUCCUGCACUCAACCUGGUUGCAACAAGAUGUUCAUAUUAGAGAAGACGAUGGAGAGACAUAGGAAAACCGUGCACAAUCAAUCAAUCAAUCAACCAAUAAAAUCAAUCAAUCAAUCUGUUCCAUUCAUCGAUAACAUGGUUGGAAAGGAACAAGGAAUGGACGAAAACCAAGAACAAGGAGGCACUAGAGCUACCAGAACUCGAAAUGGUAAAAAUAUAAGUGGAAAUCAAGGAGAUAAGAAAGGAGAGUAUAAAAAAGGCAGGAGAGGAAAACAAAAGGUAGUUAAAGAAGAAGACGAAGUUAUGGAAGAGGAGGAGGAGAAUGUAAAGGAGGAGGAAGAGGAAAAUGUCAAUGAAGAAGCUAAAGAUAAUAAGAAUGAGGAAGAUGAAGAAAAUGAGGAAGAUGAGAGUAAUGAGGAAGAUGAAGAGAAUGAGGAAGACGAAGAGAAUGAGGAAGAUGAAGAUAAUGAGGAAGAUGAAGAUGGUGAGAAUGAGAAUGAGGAUGUGGAUGAAGGGGAUGACGGGGAUGAGUAUAUAGAUCCUGAUGUUGGACCGUUCAUUUGUAAAUUCUGUAAGGAGGAGUAUAAGAGCUGGGGAUCUUUAACCCGUCACUUUAUCACUCCUCACCUGUUCAGCUGCAAGUUCUGUCCACUCACCUUCAACAGGCAAACCAGCCUAGAGGAUCACGUCAACGCACUUCAUGAUCUGGUUGGUUCCAUUGAUUCCACAGAAUGCGGUGUAUGUGGUGAGCAAUUUUCUCGUCCUAGCACGUUAGCAAGACAUAUAAAAGCCCCACAUGACUUCGAAUGCAAGAAAUGUGAUAAAAAGUUUGUCACUGUGGCUUUCCUAAGGAAGCAUUUACCAGUAUGUCCCAACAAACAUCUUCCAUCGGACGACAGCGACGACGAAAAAGAGAAAGUCAAACCAGGAAAACGACGACGUGGAAUAAAAGGAAAGGGUAAGAAGGAAGAAUCCGAUGAUGAGGAAAAGGGAACGGCGAAGAAAAGGAAAAGUGUCGGGAAAACAAAAUUUGGCAGCUUGAAGGAAAGCUCAGUCCAAACAGAAAAAGGGAAGAAAAGAGUAAAUGUUGGCAAAACUCCUGUAAAAUCAAGAAAAAAUGCGGGGAAAAUAAAUCGCCAAGAAUCCACGGAAAGUGUGGAAAGUAUUCUAGAGGAAGGGGAAGAAAGCGAAGAAGAUGUAUCUUUCCCAAUGAUUGGAAAAGGCAGUUCAGGUAAAGAUUCUGAAUGCAUCUCUGAUAAGAAACGAAAGUCUGGAAGGGUCAUAAAGCAGGAAUCUGCUGAUAUUGAAGAUUCAAACGAGUCUGAUAAUGCUGAAGAAGAAAAUCAAAAAUCCAAGAAACUGAAACAAUUAUCAGAUGAUGAUGAUUCUGCUGAUGAUAUUAAUUUGACUGAACGGUUGAACAAAAACAAAACAUUGUCGCCUAAAAAGAAUAAAUUGCCUGAAAAGACUAAUCAAGACCUAAAGAAUGAUGAAGAGGAAAAUGAGGAGGAUGAAGAAUCAACGAUUGUUAAAGAACCAUCCAAGGAGGCAAUUUGCGACCUGUGUGGACUUGUGUUUCCUAAAGCAAGUGUGAAACGCCACAGGGCAAGACUGCACAAAUGUCCCUGUAAGAUAUGUGAUAAAAUAUUCAUAUCUAAACCUAAACUUAACAUACACAUGAAAUCUCACGAGACUAAAACCUCAGAUGAUUUCGAAUGUGAAGUUUGUGGGAUUACUUUGUCCAAACUAGGAGGUAAGGUUCAAACUAAAUUAAUUGCUGAGCACAUAUCUCUUGAACAUAGAUUUGGUUGCACAAGCUGUCCUAAGAAGUUUACAAGUGCUGAACGGUUAAAUGUUCAUGCCUGGGGUUCACAUCAAGCCGAACUUAAUAAAGAAUUUCAGUGUUCCUAUUGUCAGACUGAGUUUACCAACAAGGACGGUAGUACUAGGAUUCUAGAGUUCGAGGAACAUAUCUUUACCAAUCAUAAAGUUGACUGUAAGAAAGGCGGAAUCAGGGUUACCGAAGAUGAAAAUCAUGUCUUCAGCUCUGUGGAGCUACCUACUGAAGAAGCACUUGAGCACAUUGACCCAAUCUGCAACAAAUGCGGGAUUGAAUUCGAAUCACAAAACCUUAUUCGAUCACAUUCUAAACUCCCCCAUCCAUUCGACUGCAGUGAUUGUGAUCUCCACUUUAUCUCAGAGCCGAGGCUACGCUUCCAUACAAUCAUCAGUCACGAGGCUGAGGAUCAAAUAAAGACGGAUUGUACCGUGUGCGGAGCAAGGUUCACAGAGAUACCGGAGUAUCUUCAACAUUGGGAGACACCACACUCCCAACCCUGUGAGAAGUGUGAGCUUAAGUUCAUUGAUGUUUCAAGCUUGAAUAAACACGAGAGGACAGCGCAUCCUAUUGUUUUGGUUUGUGUCGAGUGUAAACUGGAUUUUACCGGAGAGCCUGACGAGUAUUCAGACCAUACAGAGCUUAUUCACAAGAUCCAUUGUUAUAUUUGUGAACUAAAGUUUGUCAAGAGUUUGCAGUUAAAAAAGCACAUGCAAAGCGAGCACAAAGAUGAGGAAUUAAAAUGUAAGAUGUGUGAACAAAGCUUUGGGGAUUUCUGGCAACAAUUAGAGGCACAUUUAAAAGAACCACAUAGGUUUGCUUGCACCUCCUGUCCUAUGAAGUUCUUGAGUAAGGAAGAGGAGGAGAAGCAUCUUCUUGAUGCCCAUGGUGUAGUUAAGGGACUUCUCCUGGAUUGUGGACAGUGUCAGCAACAGUUUGCGGAAACUACAAAGUUUAGAGAGCAUUUUAAACUUCCACAUCCUCAUCAUUGUGCCGAUUGUGAGCACAAAUUUGUAACCCCUCAGGCCCUGGCAACGCACGUAGCUACUGAGCACAGUAAAAACGACCGUCUAGUGUGCGAGCACUGUAAGAAACGGUUCGUAGCAGGGGAGAAGAAACUUUUCACUGAGCACAUUGAGACCCCGCACACACUAGAGUGUGAACAGUGUGAAUGCACCUUCAUCAAGGCGAUCAAACUCAAGGAGCAUGUGGAAGAAAAACAUGGCCGCUCUAAGAGCUUUGAGGAUAAGUACACAUGUAAGCUAUGUGGAACUAUUUGCGCCAAAAGUAACGAUUCUAAACUAUCUCGAGAAGCUUUUAGUAAACACACGGCCAUACCACACAAAUUCCCUUGUAAAAGCUGUAACUUAAGGUUUCCUAACAAAACAAAGUUAGAGGCACACUUCCUAGAAAACCAUGUAAACUCUACAGGGGUGAAGAAUCAAGAAUGUUCUAUUUGUGGAACUCAUUUCAACGAUCCUAAAGUGUUAAAAGAGCACAAGAAGAGACCGCAUAAUUAUCCAUGCCGGAGUAGAAACUGCAAGAAAAGAUUUAUUUCUGAAAGUUCUUUGGAGAAACAUCUGCAGAGGAAGCAUAAAGAGUUUGCUGCUGCUAAACUGCAGGGGGGAAAGCUUGUGUUUACCUGCAAGUAUUGUGACCUGAACCUUGAGCAUCAUCUAGCUCUGCAGUCCCACCUUCAUGUUAAACAUGGUUACUCAUGUCAUGUUUGUGAUAAACGGUUUGUAGAGCAGUCCAGGCUAGUGGGUCAUCUUAGGAGUAAGCACAACAUCCAGAAGAUCCCUGUUACGGGGUUCCUCUGUAGGCUCUGCAGCUCCCGGAUAGAGAAGAUGGUGGAUAUUCGUAAACACAGAGCUCUCACACAUAGGUUUAUUUGUUCCUGCUGUAUUCUUAGAUUCAUUACUAAACCUGAGCUAGACAAACACAAGGAGGAAAAGCACCGGAACGCCCCAUUUGUGGAGGCAGUGGGCGGGGAAGUCCAGGAGGAGGAACAGAUGAUGGAGAGAACAGCUGAAGAGGCUAGGCUAGGGGUCAACCUCAUCCUGUGGGCGGAAUCCAGGAUGGUUCGUGAGCACCUGCAUCGAGUGAUGGCGGGUAAAUCAGAUAGUUUCCGGCACAAGAUGUUUCUGGAUAAGAAGGUUCGAGAUCUAACUCUCAGAUCUGAGGAUUCUGAUUUAUACAAGAUGAGUAAUCCUCGUUACAACUGUCUUCCUGUUGCAAAUGAUCAGGCUCUUAUUGAAGUAAUGCUCAAGGUUUAUAAACAAGGCCCCCAGGUCUCCUGUCCUGCCCCUGGCUAUGAAUACAUUUUUUGUGUUCUAAUACCGGAACUAUGGAUUCUCUAUCUUAUGCAGCUAAAGAAGUUGAACCGCAGUGCUGCUGAAACUGAGUACAAGAAAGAAAUGUCGCCGACUUCUGCCCAAACUUCGUGGCUGGAUUUCGACAAAUUAAUCUCUGAGUGGAGAAGGAAAAAUGAAGGGAGCAGGAUGAAAUCCAGAGAUCCGGAGAUAGAAAUUCUUGAAACCCAUUCUUCAGCAGAGCGUAGAUCUCAUUUUACACCGGAAAAGGGUGAAUAUAACCUAACCCCAGAGAAGGCUCGGGAUCCAAGGAGACGGGGCCAGGAAGGACGAAAAGACAGUUUUGGAGACCCAAGAGACAGGAAUCUUUCCGGGAAUGAAAACUUGUCCUCAAGACGUCUCUCUAGUGACAUUGAUUCAAGACAAUCUUUAAACUUUGAGAAGACAGAAACUCCGACAAAAGAGAUAAGUUUGACGGAAAUAGAUCGGGAUCCAAGACGCCGUGGAGUACUUCAGCAAAAACAGGAUCCUCAAAGGAGUUCUUUAGCUAACCCUGAACAAACUCAAACUAGUCAAAGAAGAAAUAAUAAUGGUUCAAAUGAAGAACUUAAAAAUACUCAUAAUGCAGAAACAGACCACAGAAAAAAUCUACAUCAGGAAAAGGAACCUAGAGGUACGCUUCAUCAGGAUAGAGAUCAAAGAGGUACUCCACAUCAGGAUAGAGAUCAAAGAGGUACUCCACAUCAGGAUAGAGAUCAAAGAGGUACUCCACAUCAAGAUAGAGAUCAAAGAGGUACUCCACGUCAAGAUAGAGAUCCAAGAGGUACUUCACAUCAGGAUAGAGAUCAAAGAGGUACUCCACAUCAAGAUAGAGAUCUAAGAGGUACUCCACAUCAAGAUAGAGAUCCAAGAGGUACUCCACAUCAGGAUAGAGAUCAAAGAGUUACUCCACAUCAAGAUAGAGAUCCAAGAGGUAAUCCACAUCAGGAUAGAGAUCCAAGAGGUACUCAAUAUCAGGAUAGAGAUCCAAGAGGUACUCCACAUCAGGAUAGAAAUCCAAGAGGUACUUUACAGCAGGAUAGAGAUCCAAGAGGUACUUCACAUCAGGAUAGAGAUCCAAGAGAUACUCCACAUCAAGAUAGAGAUUCAAGAGGUACUCCACAUCAGGAUAGAAAUCCAAGAGGUACUCCACAUCAGGAUAGAGAUCCAAGAGGUACUCCACAUCAAGAUAGAGAUCCUAGAGGUACUCCACAUCAGGAUAGAGAUCCAAGAGGUACUCCACAUCAAGAUAGAGAUCCAAGAGGCACUCCACAUUUUGAUGGAGAUUUAAGAGUUACUCCACAUCAGGAUAGAGAUCCAAGAAAAACUUCUCAUCAAGAUAGAGAUCCAAGAGGUACUCCACAUCAGGAUAGAUAUCCAAGAGGAACUCCUCAACAAGAUAGAGAUCCAAGAGGUACUCCACAUCUUGAAAGGGAUCAAAGAGGUACUCCACAUCUUGAUAAGGAUCCUAGAAGUGCUUCACAUUAUAAUAGGGAUCCGAUAAGCACCCUACAGCAGGAUCCUACAAGUAUUACUAACGAGGAAAGUGAUCCCAGAAAUAAUGCCAUAGAUCAUUCAGUAACUCCCCAACUUAAUCCUGCCGAAAACAUACAAAAUCCUCAAUCUUCUGAAGUAUCAAGAAAGGAUCCUAGAACUCUCUUUCCAGCCUUUCAAUCUCAAGCCUUGGGAAGCCAAUCAGACAAGACUAAUUUUCAAGGAGAUAUCAGAGAACUUAGUGUUAAUUAUGCAAAGGAGAAAAUUUCAGAAGACACUCCUGUAAUUAAUCCCACCUCAGUACCUGAUGAGCCUGCAAACCCGGCUCUUCCAACCAACUUGUACUGGAACUUGCCUGAUAUUCUUGGUAACCCAGAUUUACUUAAAGGAGGAAUCCCUGGUUUAGAGGAAGCCAUUUCUUCUGUUAUUCCUGGCUUGGGAGCUCGAAACAUUGCUGAAAGAAGACAAAGUUCUGCAGACGAUGAGAAAGAAGAGAAAACAAAGAAAGACUACAAUAAUGGUAGAAAUAAAGAGGGGAGUAAGCGGCACCGUGAUCAUAGGAGUAGAAGUCGAGAGCGUGCGCGGAGCUCAAGGAGUAGAAGCCGAGAUAGAAAGCGUAGGUCAAGAAGUAGAAGUAGAGAUCGGAAACGUGAGAAAAGAAGUAAAAGUGGGGAUAGAAAACGUAAUACAAGAAGCAGAAGCAGGGACAGACGUCGCAGGAGCAGAAGUAGAAGCCGUGAUCGUCGUAGGAAUGAUCGUCGAAGCAAGGAUGGUGCUAGAGACGAUCGAAGACGCAUCGAAAAUAGCGAAGACAAGGACAGAUCUUACAAUGAGUUUAGGGAAAGAAAUGCAAAUAACGGUAGUAAUGAUUGGGUAAGGAACCAAGAUUCAAACAGAGAUGAAACCCGAGGGCGGCCUCAGAUUUUAAACAAUAAGUCUAGUCAUGAGGGACAUCAUGAUCAAAUUCCAUCGACUGAACAUCAACGCAACUUCAUACCUAAAGAAGAUGCACCGUUCCGCAACCCUGACGGUCCCCCGCCCCUGAUUGCCAUGCCAAACAUUAACAUCCCGCCGCCUAUUAACAUCCCCCCGCCUAUGACCCCCUUUCAUCCCCGGCUCUCAGCCCCCCCGCCGCGAAUAGUCCGACCACAUCAAGAUAACUUCCGGCCGCGUCAGGAUAAUUUUCGACCACAACAAGAGCAUUUUCGACCUCGCCAUAAUUUCCGACCUCGGAUGGAUCAAAACUAUCCACCCCGACACCCAGGACCCCGUUACUUUGGUCCAAGAGGGAACUUUCGAGGAGGUCCAUUUCCGGGCAGAGGCAGGUUUUCCAGGUUUCCUCGUCAUAGGUUUCCUGGACCAAGACCUAGGUUUCAUCAACCUGAAGGUUAUGAUCAAGGGAACGAGGGAUGGGAGAAUGAACAUGAAGAUGAUAAUUAUUAUGGAGGGGAGCAACCUCCAUAUAAUGAAGAAGUGAACUUCGCUGAGGACUAAUGUUUAAUCUUAUCUAAAGAAUCUGUAAUUUUUAAAACAAUUUGUUAUGCACAUUUCUAAACUGUUUAUCAUUAUUAUAAAAAUAUGUAUCAGAAUUAUAGAUACAAAUUGAAAAAUAAAGCUAUGAUAACUACUAAUUG